AUGGCCAAAGGCAAAUCAUCGCUUCGUCACUUCUAUUUUCGCGAGGAAAGCGAGCAGUUUGGCGGACUCCCGCAUCCUAUGAACAUCCCAAUAAACGAUUAUGGUUUUUGUGGAGGAAUUGUUGAUACUCAUCGACCUAUCGUAAUUCACCGAAAGCGCGGCGUUACAGAAUUAAUGGAAAUGAUACAGCAAUUUCAAAUGAAUUAUACAUACACUUGCUGUGUCUACUGUAAUCCAUAA